AUGAUGAUGUUUGAGCGCCUCGGUGCCCCGGGUGAGGAGAGCUCCAACGGCUUCAACAACGCAGGUACUGGACAUGCCGGAUUCAUGGAGCCCAACUACACCAAGGAAGUUAAGAACAGCGACGGAAGCCUGAAGACAGUCACCACCGACAAAGUCGAGCAUGUGUGCGAGCAGUUCCUGAGCAGCCGGCAAUACUGGGAGUACUUGACUCGAAAAGGUCUUCUGCCGUCACCCGACUCCUGGAUCCACCAGACGAACCACAUCGCACUUGGUGUGGGCAAGGAUCAGGUGGAGUUCAUCAAGAAGCGCUACGAAGCCAUGAAGGACAACCCCCUCUUCAAGAGCAUGGAGAUCUGCCUCCCACAGGAGAAGGCGAAGGCCAAGGAAUGGGCUCCGCUUAUCAUGAAGGGCCGCGAUGAAAGCGAACCUAUUUGCAUGACGAAGGUGCCUCAUGGAACGGACGUGGACUAUGGUGCUUUGACGAAGGCCAAGAUCGUGGCCUUCCAGGAGCUUGGUGGCGACCUUCGUUUGCACACUGAGGUAAGGGACCUGAAGAAGGGCUCCGACGGCAAGUGGACUGUGACCACCUGUGUGAAUGGAGCAGGCUCUGGGUGGGCCUACAACAAGGCCAAGUUCGUCUUCGUGGGCGCCGGUGGUUGGGCGCUGCUCAUGCUUCAGAAAGCUGGCAUCCCGGAGGUGAAUGGCUACAUGGCCCUUCCAGUGACAGGUGAUUGGGCGGUUUGCCAGAAUCCGGAGGUGGUGGCCCAACACAAGGUGAAAGUGUACGCCCCGGGUGCUCCGGGCGCUCCACCCAUGUCCAUGCCCCACCUGGACUACCGCACCAUCGGUGGGAAGGAGAUGCUGCUGUUCGGACCCUUCG